AUGACACAGAGAGGAGGAGAAAACUUCAACGACAGAGGAAUGUCUAGGAGAAUUGCUGCUGGGCUUGAGGGUCCAGACCGUAUUUUUGUGUGUGGGCAUCCAGAUGUCUUCACGGAGGCAAAGAUCAGAGAGCUCUUGGAGUAUUUUGGUCCCCUAAGAGUUUUCAAUAUCAUCAAAGACAAGGAAACAGGAAUCGCAAAGGGACAAGGAUUCUGUGCUUACCAAGAUCCAUCGGUGACAGAUAUUGCAUGUGCUGCUCUGCACAAGAUGAGUAUGGGCGGUAAGAAGCUUGCUGUUAGGCGUGCGGUCAACCAUGCGAUUCAACCUAAAACCGAGCAAGAACUUGAGAUUGCUAUGCAGAGGCUUAAGAUACAACCUAGAACCGUACAAGAUCUUCAGAUUGCUUUGCAGAGGCUUAUGAUUCAACCAUGA